AUAGUUGGGGUCGGGCGAUGACAUCUCAGGUUUGGGGGUGGCGGAGGGAAGACGCGCCUCAGGUUUUGGCCCGGGUCCGGAACACCGAGGGCGGGAGAGAGGCAGCAAUGCCGUGCAGGACCCCGGCUACAAAAGACCCCACAGCUGUAGAGAGAGCAAACUUGUUAAAUAUGGCUAAACUGAGUAUCAAAGGACUCAUUGAAUCUGCUCUAAGCUUUGGCCGCACUUUGGAUUCUGACUAUCCCCCUUUGCAGCAGUUCUUUGUUGUUAUGGAACACUGUCUGAAACACGGUCUUAAAGUAAGAAAAUCAUUUCUGAGUUACAACAAAACUAUCUGGGGUCCUUUGGAGCUAGUGGAGAAGCUCUACCCAGAAGCAGAGGAAAUAGGGGCUAGUGUCCGGGAUUUACCUGGUCUUAAGACCCCCCUUGGUCGUGCAAGAGCAUGGCUUCGAUUAGCCCUCAUGCAAAAAAAAAUGGCUGAUUACCUUCGUUGCUUAAUUAUUCAAAGGGAUCUCUUGAGUGAAUUCUAUGAGUAUCAUGCACUAAUGAUGGAAGAAGAAGGAGCGGUAAUUGUGGGGCUACUGGUUGGCCUGAAUGUGAUAGAUGCUAACCUGUGUGUAAAGGGAGAGGAUUUAGACUCACAAGUUGGAGUGAUUGAUUUUUCCAUGUAUUUAAAGAAUGAAGAUGAUAUUGGAAAUAAAGAAAGGAAUGUUCAAAUUGCUGCCAUAUUAGACCAGAAGAAUUAUGUUGAAGAAUUAAAUAGACAACUGAACAGCACAGUCAGCAGUCUCCAUUCAAGAGUCGACUCAUUAGAAAAGUCAAAUACUAAGCUGAUUGAAGAGUUAGCAAUAGCAAAGAAUAAUAUCAUUAAACUCCAAGAAGAAAAUCAUCAAUUACGAAGUGAGAAUAAAUUGAUUUUAAUGAAAACACAGCAGCACCUAGAGGUUACCAAAGUGGAUGUGGAAACUGAGCUUCAAACAUAUAAGCAUUCUCGGCAGGGGCUCGAUGAAAUGUACAAUGAAGCCAGAAGGCAGCUUCGAGAUGAAUCUCAGUUAAGACAGGAUGUCGAGAAUGAGCUAGCUGUACAAGUUAGUAUGAAGCAUGAAAUUGAACUUGCCAUGAAGUUGUUGGAGAAAGAUAUUCAUGAGAAACAAGAUACUCUGAUAGGCCUUAGACAACAAUUAGAGGAAGUUAAAGCAAUUAACAUAGAGAUGUAUCAAAAGUUGCAGGGUUCCGAAGAUAGUUUGAAAGAAAAGAAUGAAAUAAUUGCUCGACUAGAAGAGAAAACCAAUAAAAUUACUGUAGCCAUGAGGCAGCUGGAACAAAGAUUGCAGCAAGCAGAGAAGGCGCAAAUGGAAGCUGAAGAUGAGGACAAGAAAUAUCUACAGGAAUGGCAGAGUAAAUCCGACAGUCUGCAGAAACAAAUCUCUCAAAGGGAGAAACAGCUGGUGCAACUGGAAACUGAUUUGAAGAUCGAGAAGGAAUGGAGGCAGACUUUGCAGGAAGAUCUUCAAAAGGAGAAAGAUACCUUAUCUCAUCUUAGAAAUGAGACUCAACAAAUCAUUAAUCUUAAAAAAGAGUUCCUUAACCUCCAGGAUGAAAAUCAGCAGCUGAAAAAAACGUAUCACGAACAGGAGCAAGCUCUUCAAGAACUUGGCAACAAACUUAGCGAAUCAAAACUUAAAAUCGAAGAUAUAAAAGAAGCCAACAAAGCAUUGCAGGGACUGGUCUGGUUGAAAGACAAAGAAGCGACACAUUGUAAGCUUUGUGAAAAGGAAUUCUCACUCUCUAAGAGAAAGCACCACUGUAGAAACUGUGGAGAAAUUUUCUGUAACGCUUGCUCUGACAACGAACUGCCUUUGCCUUCUUCACCAAAGCCAGUACGGGUUUGUGAUUCCUGUCACGCGUUGCUGAUUCAGAGAUGCUCAUCUAAUUUGCCGUAAGACUCCAGAACUGAAUCUUCCUUGUAUGAAAGUACCUGUGAUGAAUGUUAUGUAGGAACAUGUGCACAACAUAAUCAGACAGCCUUCUGAAGCAACUUUCAGACAAUACUAGUACCAGUUUUGUUUCACAUUUCAAUUCAUGGGAAUUAAAUUGUAUAAUUUGGUAUUUCCUUCCCACUAUUAUUCAAAAAGAAUUUUCAACAGGGCAUGCUUUAAAAGAACUUUAACCAAAUUCCUAAUUCAUGUAAUUAUCACAUAACUCUUAAUGACAUUGAAAGGCCAGAUAGCAUAGCUAAUACACAUCUGCCUUAUUUUAUAAAGGCCUUCUUAAAAAUAGGGCUUCAGAUUGUUUUAUUCUCCAAGUUGUCGAGUUUAUAUUUGAUGGUGCCUCUAAGUUUUCUUAAUGCACUUUAAAGCUUCAUGGGUCUCAGAGCAAGACUGGAAACAUGUACAACUUUUUACAAGUGUUUAUACUCCCAAUUCAACAGGUUUUCCAUUAGCUUGGUAAGAUGUCAUCUGUAUUUAUUUGACCCUUUCC